GCAUUUGUCGUUUCUGUAACACUGAAAGAGCUUGAAGAUGAACAUUCUUUCAGUUUCUUUAGCUAUUCUUAUUUUGUCUACGAUCACCUCUUCCUAUAGAGUGAGGAGGGCGAUUGGCGGCAAAGAAUUAGAUUUAACUGAAUGGCCAUGGUUAGCUUCCGUUAAGGUUUUCGAACCUACUUAUUACGUCUUAAAAUUUAUUCCUAUUGGAGUAUGGCAUCAUUGCAGUGCAACCUUAAUUAGUAAGCAAUGGGUACUAACAGCUGCAGAAUGUGUUGAAAGAGACGGAGAAAUAAUGAAAGCAAACCAUAUUCAUAUUCGAUUGGGAGAUGGACAAAGAGAAAAGAGUUUUAUGGAAAGGUUAAAGGGUAAAUUCUGUAAAUACGCUAAAUCUCUGGGAAUAUGUAAUUAUGAGGACGUUGAAUAUUAUUUACACGUUAAGCGUGUUAUUGUUCAUGAGGGAUAUCAAUUUAAGAAUGUGAAAAGGGAACAUAAUGUAGCCCUACUAUACUUGGAGGACAAUGUUCCAGCUUUCCCUGAUGACAGCGCUCCGCAUAUAAGUAGAGUUCAUCUACAUAACGAAGAUAACAUUUUGUUAAAUAGUGACGAACAGUUUCCGUCCAGUAAUGAUAAAUGUAAAUUUGGUGGCUGGGGUAGAAUAAAUGAGGAAGGAAAGCCUCCGAUCAAUGCUCACCAAGUUGAUAUGCCAAUAAUCAGUGAAGAGAUAUGUAAUAUGAAUGUUGAUCAUGAAAUUCAAAUUUGUGCAGGUUCCGAAAGCGUUGGAAUUCGGCAGUACGACCUAGGCGGUCCUUUAAUUUGUAGGAAGGAUGGCAAGCCUUAUCAAGUUGGAAUCGGUAGUGACUGGAGAAAGGGAAAGGCGUCUAUUUUUACCCGAGUUUCAGCCUAUUACGAUUGGAUCAAAGAGAAUAUUAUAGAGCACGAAGGAUUAGCUUAAAUAUGAAAGUAAAGUAAAUUACCAUAAGAAAGAAUAUUGAACGAGAGAAAAUAUCAAUCGAUUCAAAAACUUUCCUCUGUAUUAGCCUCUUUUUUCAUAUUAUAAAAUAAAGGAAUUAAAGCAUUAAAACAAUUUCAUUUGGUUAGGGGAUUUUCAAGAUUGUAAGAUUAAGAUUAUUAUUUAUUUGUCGGUUAAUCUCAAAGCUAUUCAGUAAUGAAAGGGGAUAAUUAAAAAAAAAUCUUCUAAUUUAUACCCUGUACUGAACCGCUAGAUGGCACGUAAAAAU